AUGCGAAACGGGUUGACAUUCGCUGCAUUGGCAGCUCUUGUGUCACCAUUGUUCAGCUAUGUUCUUCCAAACACGGUAAAAUCACUCGGUAUUGCAGUGUUUGAGGAGCUGGAUAUGGUUUCCGCCAGCAAAGACAAUGACCCAGCGUGGUUGGAGGAAUUAGCAGAAGGGUUAAUUCAGCCAAAUAAUCUAGACACUGCUCCUCCAACGUGGCCUAGUAUCUCUUCGAAUAGCGAGGCUGAUGCAGCCACUCAUCCUCCCAGUACACCCACAGAUGAACCAAGCACGCAGUCUGCUGCUCUACCUACCAGCCAGACAACUAGUCCAGUGGUUGUAACUAACAGUCAAACAUGCCCAUCUCCUUCUCCAAAGGCUGCUGGUCCAUACUGGCUGGACGAUCAGGACCACAGUCAAUCAGGAGCUGGUCAUGCUCCAUACAUCCCUAAUUCCAAUAUGUAUCCGGUUUACCGCAAUGUAAUGGACUACAACGUCAACAAUGAUGGUUCAGGAGAUCAGACAGCGAAGCUGCAAAAUGCAAUUGACACCGACGGGAAUGGCGGAACAAGAAAAGGGAAUGGAGUAACUCGCUACCCAGCUGAAAUUUUCCUACCUGGAGGUGUUUAUGUCCUAGGAAGUACACUGACUCUGACUGUUGGAACUAUCAUUGUCGGUGAUCCGCAGAACCCACCCAUCAUCCGGGCUUCACCAGGAUUCCGCGAUCAGUUCUUGGUCAUGGGGUAUGAUAAGAACAAUGGGAAUCCAGAGACUAGUUUCAUGACUCUGGUGAAAAAUGUCAUCUUCGACACUACAAUGGUUUCUCCGGAUCAGAAGAUCACUGCUUUGCAAUGGGGCGUUGCGCAGGGAUCGGGCUUGACGAACGUACAGGUUCGAAUGCAGACACAUUCUAUGCACACUGGUAUUGACAUUGUGGCUGGAUCUACGAUUGCUGUUACCGAUGUGACAAUCAUCGGAGGAGGAACUGGCAUCAUCAACUCCAACCAACAAGUCAACUUCAAGAACAUCCAUUUCAUCUCAUGCGGUACUGCAUUCGAAGCAAAGGGUGGAUUCACCGUUCUUCUUCAAGGUGCUACGUUUGAGACUUGUGGGACAGGAAUCAACAUGACAGAAAAUGGACUGGGUAGUCUAGUUUUGCUAGACUCAGAGUCGGUCAACUCAGGUCCCGUCGUGCGGUUCCACGAUUCAUCGAGGGAUACUGGUAAUCAGAACAGUCAAUUCAUCAUCGAAAACCUUACGCAUGACACUGAUAACCCUAUUGCUGUUGACAGCGAGGGAACAGUUCAUUUGGGCCCAAUGGGACGCGUUGAUACCUGGCUCUGGGGCACAGUCUCUCCGGGUACCUACAAGACGGGUCAGAGCUUGACUACACAGCGCCCACCUGCCUUACUCGUGAAUGGACAAUACUUCACCAAGGCCCAGCCGACUUAUGCGCAAUAUAGUGGUGAUCAGAUUGUCAACAUCAAAACCGUAUCUGCAUUCCCUGUAAAGGGUGAUGGUAUGAACGAUGACACACAUGCCAUCAAUGCAAUCCUCGCCCAGAACGCUGCCAGCUGCAAGAUCACCUACAUCCCCUUCGGUGUCUACAAAGUUUCCGAUACGAUCUUCAUUCCGGUUGGAUCACGGCUAGUUGGUGAGGCAUGGCCUGUCAUCACUGGGUAUGGUGAUUUGUUCAAAGACCAGAUCAACCCGCGGGCGAUCGUGAAAAUCGGUAACCCAGGUGAUGUCGGCACAGUCGAGAUCCAAGAAAUGCGUUUCUCAGUCUCUGAAAUCCUCCCCGGUGCAAAGAUUAUCGAGAUCAAUGCUGCUGGAGCCCAGCCUGGAGAUGUCGGACUGUGGAAUACCCUCGCCACAGUGGGCGGAACCGCGGAAACAAGUAUCUCAGAUAUCUGCAUCUCCCAAGAUGCAAAGGAUUGCAUGGCCGCAUUCAUGGUGAUGCACCUGACCGAAAGCUCAUCAGCCUACAUCGAGAACUUCUGGGGCUGGACAGCAGACCAUAAUCUAGACAGCAAGACUAUCUUCACAAUCAUCUCAACAGGCCGUGGCAUUCUAGUCGAAUCAACAAAGGGCACCUGGCUGACAGGAACCGGAUUUGAGCACCACUGGCUAUAUCAAUACAACUUUCACAAUGCAGCGAACGUCUUCGCUGGCCUCCUCCAGACAGAAACUCCCUACAUGCAAGGAUUCGGCGAAUUUGAGAAAGCCCCAGCGCCCUGGAUAGCAAACCCAAGCUACGGAGACCCAGACUUUAGCUGGUGCGGAGCAGACGACCAGAAGUGCCGCACAGCAUUAGCGACCAACAUCGACGGCGGCUCGAAUAUUGCUCUACACAACUCAGCUGCGUGGGCUUUCUUCGACGGAUACUGGAACGGGCUGUAUAAUGAGGCUUGUGUUGGCAAGUGCCAGUCUAAUAUGAUGCGGGUGUCUAAUAACCCACAGGAUCUAGUCUGGUACUCUAUCAGCACAAGAAUGACUGACACAAUGGUGCUUGAUGGGAAGAGUAAUCCUAAGGAGGCUGACCAUCCUGGUGGGUGGGAAGCUAUCAUUCAGUCAUAUCAGUUCUCGCCGUGA